GCAGAUGGUGCCAGCGUUCAACUGCUGGUGACUUGGUUUGGCGUGUUCAGUACUCAACAGGAUUCACACAGCGAUAGUUCGGCAAAUCGUUUGGCGCUGUCCGGAAGUCCUGCUUGCCUCGUCAUAACGGUUAUCAGGCUGUCAAAGUGUGCGCCUAAGUCCUAGCGUGCUAAUUUCGCCCGGAAGUACAGCUCCGGCUGGGCGGUUGAUUGAAAGUGUCUCGGUAUGUUUUCAGUGCAAGGUUAAAAAUUCUCCCUCCCCACUCAAGUAGUUGCGGUGCAAAUUCAAGCCAGUAAAGCAAAGAGCAAAAGUAAUACUUAAAGGCCGGCCAACGGCGAAGCCGCAAAUCAGUGAGCAAGCAGUUAAGCGACACUGCCGGAACAACCGGCUCGAGGUGCGAUCGAUAGCAUCGUGCUAUGAGAAGGGCACUACCACUGAACAGCUGAUGAGCGGCCUACAAACACUCGAGGCCCUCUUCCUCAUGCUUCUAGCAACGUCGGGGGUCUCUUCUAACACAACCAGCAAAACAGGGACAGCACCUGCAACUAACGUUGUCGUCGAGGAACCAGAAUUUACGGAUGUUAUAGAAAAUGUUACAGUGCCUGCCGGGCGGAACGUCAAACUGGCUUGUUCCGUCAAAAACCUAGGAUCAUACAAAGUAGCGUGGAUGCACUUCGAGCAAUCCGCGAUCCUUACUGUACAUAAUCAUGUAAUCACAAGGAAUCCUCGCAUCAGCGUCACUCACGACAAGCAUGACAAACACAAGACCUGGUUCCUACACAUAUCAAACGUCCAAGAAGAGGACAAGGGUCGCUACAUGUGCCAAAUCAACACGGUCACGGCAAAAACGCAGUUCGGGUAUCUGCAUGUGGUCGUUCCACCGAAUAUUGACGACUCCCUUAGCUCAAGCGACGUUAUCGUCCGGGAAGGUUCCAACGUGACGCUUAAAUGCCGAGCCACGGGAAGCCCAACGCCCACGGUCAAAUGGAAGCGAGACGACAACUCUAAAAUAGCCAUUAAUAGAUCGUUAAACGUGCUCGAGUGGGAAGGGAAUUCCAUCGAAAUUACGAAAAUUUCCCGCCUGGACAUGGGCGCAUACCUCUGCAUUGCAUCGAACGGUGUGCCGCCUACGGUGUCAAAGCGAAUUAAAGUCAGCGUUGACUUUCCACCGAUGCUGUGGAUACCGCACCAGUUGGUCGGUGUGCCACUGUACUUCAACGUGACAUUGGAAUGUUUCACCGAGGCACAUCCGACAUCGCUGAACUACUGGACGCGAGAGGACGGUCACAUGAUUCAUGACUCUAAGAAGUACAGAACGGAGUCGAACGUAGGAAUGCCCAUCUACAAAACGCACAUGCGUCUGCACAUCUACAACAUCCAGCAGACGGAUUACGGGACGUACAAGUGCGUUGCUAAGAAUCCCCGCGGCGAAACCGAUGGAACAAUUAGACUUUACACGUCCACACCACCGACCACAUCUCCCGGGCCACCGACAACCGAAUCCUACUCUGACCUUUGGCCCAACCGGAACCUCAACGAUUCUGGCGGUGGUCUUCACCACCAUCACGGUGGGCAACACUCGAAUUCUUAUUCUGGGCACGUGGUUGAUAAAAACUCUAAAUACUCUUCCAAUCUUAAUGAAAUUGAUCGAUCCGAGCAAAAAUCGUUCGAUACUAAUAUCAUCUAUUGGCCACCAGAAACUAAUCGGAACAAUCAAGGUGCCACCACAGCAGCGAACAAUAUUCUGUCCAUUGUUUUUAGCACCGGUAUGCUACUUUUGGCAAGAAUUAGCUUACAAUAACUAGAAAUCAAAAUGUGUACCCUGUAAGCUAAGAGCAACAGUGUGCAGUAUGUAUAUUCAUACACGGACAGUUGUGGAGUGAACAUGAGACAUGAUAGGUUCCUGUCCCUUAACCCAGUUUAGCAAACAAGCACACUCACACACACGCAAAGUGAUAGAAAAAUGUUUUUUGCCACCAAAAUAGCUUAGCAUUCCGAUGUUUAAUUUGGCAAACCGAACUGGGGCAAAGAAGUAGGGCGACAAGAUUAAGCAACAGCAAACGCAGCUAACACAACAAAACGAUCAACUAUUUCAACACGUAUAACUGAAUGCAGGGUUUAUAAACAUAUAUAUAUAUAUAUAUAUAUAUAUAUAUAUACUAAAUGACAAAAAAAUAUAUAUAUACAUAUACACAGACAUAUACUAAUUAUACAACUAUAUAAUAAUGGUGAGGCCAUUGACAUCAUAUACACGCAACGUAUAGCCAAAUGAGAAGAUCAUUGCACCACUGCACAAUCCCAUCAUCACCGAUCCGUGUGAAAUUGUAUCGCAGAUUACCAAACUGGACACUGAGCAUAUCUCAACCGUCAGCGGCACCAUCAGUAGAGCAGCAUUUACCUAUGCCACGAUCCUAUAUAUUCAAUGAGUCGGCUGUAUGUAUGCGACCGGCCACAAUGUACCAACAAUACCGUAUACCAGGAAGCAGGAAGAAGCGUAGUAAGUAGCACUGGAACUCGCGAAAGCUGGAUGCGCACUUGAUUAAAUUUAUCACAACAAGCUCUUCUUCGGCCUCAAACAAUUAUGGAUAUCGUCGGAAGACGACCUCGUUGGACCCUCGUUGAGCUUAUGUUUUUUCGUUAGGUUACAGCCUAUCGAUUGCUUAUCUUCCGACUAGUAAAAACAGUAUUCCAAGUAAUACCACCAAACAAAGUAAAAACUAAUUCAGAAUGUUUGAACCCACUGCUAACACCGUGCGAUCACAUCAGGGAACACCACUGUGGAAAGAUGGCAUUCUUUCGCUAGACGUAUAAUGGCGACAAAUUUCGUUCCAACUAAUCAAGAUGCUUAUCUGUAUAAAUCUGUAGACUUGCAAUAAUCGGACUGAGGUUAUAGAAGGGCAGCAAGCCAUAUAAAAUAACGCAUUUAUGGCCACAUAUCAGUAAUGCCGGUUCGAUGCGUAAUUGACAUUAGCACAAACCUGUUAGAAAGAAUUUAUAUAGCUGUUUGUAACAUUCGUGACUAAUAUCGUUUUGUAUACUGCGCGCAAUCGAGUUGUACCAAUAUUUAAACAUUAGAACUCAACUGAACGAGAAGGUUUUAGGUUGAUUUUUGUUCUCUCUCUCUUGACCCUAUGAAUAUUAUAGAAAUUUAAUAUAGAGCAAGAAGUAUAAAUUUCCCACUACACCACUCACUAAGGAUGCAUGGAGCGGCAUGCGACACUCUAAGAGAAAAAACCACGCACAGAUAAUAACCUAUGAUGCAUUCCGAACGAAGGCGAAUUUCCUUCUCCUUAAAUGCACUUGUGAAACAAAUUGAAUGCGAUUUUCAAGACAUUUCCUUUUUUUUUGUCGGUAUCCGCGUCGGCCCAAACGAUGCAUUCGAAAUUACUCUUUGGACGAUAAUUGGAUUUCUUUUGCCAACUGCCCCCACAAUUGUCGACCACAAUUUGGCCACCCAAUACCAGGAGGAAGCAAACAGAAAAAGACCAACUAGAAGUCUCAGAAAAGAAAUUCUUCCCAGCACUAAAUCAUCCAACCAUUUGCCCAUUCGUAGACCCAACUUUGGGAAAAUGAAAAACUUUUGCACGACGACGUGGUGCUGGUGGUGGUACGAACGAACUGUUCAAAAACCGUCAUGUUCAGAAAAGGAAGUUCCAUUCGGCCUUUCUUACGUUUUUUUUCGGUUGGCUUUCAAACUAGCGCAAAGAUUUCUGCCAAUGCGAACCAGCACAAGUAUCUAACGACAUUUUUACAUCUUGAAUUCUGUUCUUAUCACACGAUUCGGGCAGUACCGACGAAUAUUUUGUUCAAAGUAAAUGAUGCACUUUGAAGGUUUAAUUACGAGUCGAAGGUAGUGGUUGACUGUAAGGAUCCUUAAUGACCUACGCACGGUUUGCUUUUAUCGUGACAUCAUACAAAACCUUAACUUCACGCUAGACAACGUGCAAGUGCAUUGCUAUAAUGUGCCAAAAUGCGACCCAUACGCUCAUGUAAUCGUUUCACCAUUCUUUCCAGUGCUUCUGUGGAUAGAUUGUUGUUAUGUUGUUAGCCUGUAAGUGACAUUAGUUGAAAUGGAAUGGAAUCUAUGAGCGGUGUAUAAAUAAUCGCGGAACGGGAGUCCACGGUAGUGAUGCAAGAACGAGCGAGCUGUUGCAUCUAUGGCGUGUGUUAAUAAGAGGUAAAAAGACAUUUUAGUGACAACGAUGUUACCGCAGUUGAUGCGAAAGAUUAGUCCAACAACGAGAUAUACGUACAACAUGAAUUUAUCCUAAAUGUGUAUCUAAGCAAAGUGUAAGUUAAGGACGCUAGGACCAUGGUAGUUAUGUAUUCGGCAUUUGUUUCGUUUGUGUAUCCAGUACACUCAAGUGCAUGUAUCGUUUGUACGAUAAGGUCAGCAUCGCGCCAGGAAUCAAUGUGCAAUCAAAUUAAACGGCUAAAUGUUCCACUAUUAAGAUAUAGUAUGCAAAGAAUGUAAAAAAAACACACAAAACAGCAGAAAAACUGUAAUAAUACCACAAGUUCCACAAGAAAGGCUCCGCAUCCAACAACAGUAACAACCCGGAGCAUUGCUAUCAAAUAUUCUGAACAAAUAGAAUACAAACCAAUAAUAAAAGCUUUGAGUAAAAAAUGGUUAUCUA